AUGGAAAAUUUCACAGGAAAAAUUGCUGCAAAGUUAAAAAGUGAAUUUAAUCAUAACAAAGUCGAACCUAAAAAUCGUCACUUCCCAACAUUUGAAGAAUAUGUUUCUAGAGUCAAAAAUCAUAGUAAUGGCUGUCCUUGCUGUAAUCACGUUCCAACAUCAUUCGAAUCAAAAUCUGAUGAUCAAAAUCUAGUGGAAUUCGAAAGGAAUCAUCAAGAGAAUUCCUCGACAAUACAAAAUCACCCAAAGUGUAUUCAAGAAACAUCAAUCAGCACCGCAUCAUUAGAAAGUAAAAGUACAUUAAAAGAUUUCAUAAGUUCACCGCAUGUAAUUAAAGAAAAGUCAACGAAUAGUAAAGUUAAACAUCAUUGUUCACGCGAGAAGUCAUUAUCUAAUAAUUACCAGGAACUUAAGAACGAUAAUUGUCAAAUAAUAAGGCACAGUGAAUCACAAAGUUCUGAAUCAUCUAUAAUUAAACUAAGAGUUGAUUGUGCUGACGGAACGAGUUCAACAGAGAAAAGUUCACAUAAAUUUGAGCUAACAAAACAUCGAAGUAAAUCUGAAUAUUCAAAUUGCUCUAGGAAACAAGACUGGGAAGAAAUUAAUCCGUCAACAUCAAGCAAUCAAAAGAAUGAGCCAUCAACUUUAAAUAGAACAUUACGUAAAGAAGACAAAUCAGGAAAUAAUUUAAAAGAAUAUUUUUCACCUAAACCACAAAACGAUUGUGAAGCUCUAAAUAACAAUCGAGAGAUCUCACUUGCGAAAUAUUCAGAGUCAAGCCUAUUGCAUCUAAAACCUCAUUCUCCACAACAAGAACUAUUUGCUGCAAAACAAGUCGAGUCGAAAAAAAAUAGCCGAGUUGUGAGUUCAUCAUCUAAAAAUUGUAGCAAAGCUGUGCUUAAAACUUGUUCGUCAAAAAGUACAAAAGCAACAAAAGCAAACAUGGGACAAGGCGAUGUCGGAUCGUGUUGUGCUAAAUAUAUUUUAUGCAUGUUUAAUUUCGUAUUUUUCAUUCUCGGAUCACUCGUGUUGGGGCUCGGCCUAUGGCUCCUAUUUGAUAAAGAUUCCAUUCUCGCUCUAAUGAAAAAUGUGAAUAGCGAGCAUAUAGAUAGAUUUACAGAGCCACAGCUGGUCGAUCAAACAGUUUAUAUUUUCAUUGUCAUCGGAUCAUUAAUGUUUGUGCUUGGAUUUUUAGGCUAUUGUGGUGCUUUGAGAGAAAGUCAGUGUCUUUUGUCAUUGUAUGGAGUUUGCUUAAUUAUUCUUCUCGUACUUGAAAUUGUCCUCUUUGUUUUUGCAGUCGCUUAUCAGGAUGUGGUGAAAGAUGAGACAGAGAGCUUCUUAAAGACUACAAUAAAGGAAUACAAAUCAAGUGGUAAAGAGAAAGAUGGAGUUACAUUGAUGUGGAAUCAAUUGAUGGCACAAUUUAAAUGUUGUGGUGUGAAUAGUUAUGCUGAUUUCGAGACAUCACCUUUUUGGCUUACCAAUCGAGGAUCUAGAAAUGUACCGGAAGCUUGUUGUCAUCUCUCCGACAAAGCAUUAAUUACACCUUCAGACUUAAACUGUCCAUACAGUCCAUCCGAUGAGAAUAGUUAUUAUAUGAAGGUUAGAUUAUUUGUAAAUUUUAUUGAUUUCUACAAAAGUUUGUCAAGGGCGAUGCGUCAAACAAUUAUGAAUAUUGAGAACUUGUAAACACAUGUAGAGCUACACUAGAAUCAACAUUAUUUAUGAAUUCAAUUAAUUAUAAAUUUCAUUUGUACAGGGAUGUCAAACGGCAUUGAUUGAUUAUUUGAGAGCGAACUGUAAUACAAUAAUUGGAAUUACGGGUGGAUUAAUUCUCGUACAACUACUUGCUGCAUUCCUCGCAUUUUGCAUAUGUAAGUGCAUCUCAUCAUAUCGAUCAAGUAGUCGAUUGUAAAUUUUAUGGAUUGUUAAUUCAUCUAAAACAUCAUCGUCAUCAACUUUAUGUAUAGUUUAUAGAUUCUAUCAUCCGCUAUCAUCUAUGUAUUUCCUCUUAUUUUAUUUUCUACAUACACAUCUUUCUCAUGUCAACUUCACUUGCUGUAUACAAACUGUCUAUAUCAAUAUUUUUUAAUAUCGUGGCAUCGACAAUAUAAUGCACUAAGAUAUCAAGUCAUACAAUUCAAUUCAAUCCUUUUCACAUACAUAUACACCCAGUUUUUUGUUCCUGUUUUAUUUUUCAUGGUGUUUGUUGUGUGCUUAUAAACUGAAUAAUUUGGUUUUUGGUGAUAAUUCUAAAUUUUGUAAUAUUCAUAAUCUCAAUUUUUCUUGUUCUCAUUUUUGCAGCAUAAAUUUUUGUACCUGUGCAACGGAUUGAAUUGUUCAUGAAUUAUACAAAAUAUAGUAGAAAUAUAUAAAAAUUCAGUCACAAUAUACACUAUCGUUUUUUACAAUAAUUAAUAAUUAUGAUUUAAUUUGACUGAUAAAUAAAUAAAAAUUUCUGUGGUCCAAUAAUAAAUGUUCAUUCAUCCCAUUUUAAAAUAAAAAAAAAAAUUGUUAAUCCAAAACUUUUACCAUUAAAAUUAUAUAUACACAUAGAGAUGGUUCAUAAAACAAAAUCAAAGAUAAGCGAGUUUCUUCUUUUCCUUAGGGGCUGUUCACUUAUUACGUAACGCGAAAAAAUGACUUUUUAGACCCCCCCCCCUCGUAACAAAAUUUGUAUGAAAAAAAAAUUUCCUUGUUUGAACCGUAACAAAAUCUUAGACCCCCCUCCCCUCCUAAAAGCGUUACGUAAUAAGUGAAUGGCCCCUUAUAGAUUUUGUUAUAUAAUUUUUUAAAAAUUAUGUAAGGACAUAAAAGUUUGCUUUUGAAUGCAUCUUCAUUUUGAGAUGAAGAGUUUCGCACAAAUGUUUUGAAAAGCUUUACUGACUAUUGAAUUGAUAUGCAGUAAAUUUAUUUGAACUUUAAAAAGGUUAAGUUGAUUGGAAACUUUUCAAUAAUUCAUGUUUGGCGGCAUUAUUAUUAUAUUCUGCCUGAAUUUGAUUUCAAAAUCCAAACCUAGUCGCAAAAUUUGUAAAUGAUUCAGAACAUAACAUCCUUUCAAUGGCUUAAGU